CAGGCAUUCCAGCAGCAGAACCCCUCCCCAGGCAGCUGUUGCUAGGAGCUGAGCUGUGUUUUGUAGGCUAUGGGAUGGCGGAGCAACGCGGGUGUCUGAGUCGCUCAUGGGGCUCCAGCACCUCUCCAUCAAUGCUAACAGGCCAUCGGCACUCCUCUCCACAACCUGCUCCAUCCCAGGGUGCUUUUGUGCUUCCCAAGCUGAUUACGACUUAUCCAGUAGUCAAGUGCACGUCCUCCAAGCUGAAAAAAGGACAGGGAGCAAUUAAAGCUCUCUUAAAAUAUUUAGAAACAGCCGAGAGCAGCCCUGGCUGUGCAAUGGCCUCUGUGUCAUCCAAGAGGAAGAAGAACACCAGAGCUAAAGGACGGGGCCAUCAACAACAGCAGGCACAAUCCUUACCAGCUGACAGAGGUAAACCCCGUGAAGGUGUUUUUCCUACCUCUGAAGUGGAGCUUGACAAAACCAGGCCUUGUGGUCUUCCAGAAAAGCAGUCAGAAGAACUGAUACGAGAAGUGCCAAUGGCAUCAGGACCAUAUUUUUAUAUCAGUGGAUCUAAUGGAGAAGGACUUGUGAGCAUCUAUUGCCAGAGCAAAGGCUGGCAGCGUAUCUAUGACAACAGAAGACAGGAUUACGCACUGAAAUGGUGUGAGAUCAAGUGCCGAGAGACCUAUUACCAUUUCAAAGAAGGCGAACAGCUGCUCUACCAGAUUCCCAACAACAUUGUCCUUACCAGCAAGAUUGGGCUUUUAUCCUGCCUGCGAGAGCAAGAGCGAGUGAUGAGAAAGAUCAACUUGAACUCUGGUCCCAAGUUACUGAAGAUGGAAGAUUUCUUUCCAGAAUCUUUUCGCUUGGACUUAAAGAAAGAGAGAAAUGCCUUUUUCGGGCUUUGCAAAGAAGAAGAGAUUUGGAUCUGCAAACCAAGUUUCUCUAACCAAGGGAGAGGGAUUUUCCUGCUGAAAAAUCCCAGUGCUGUCACCACCCUGCAAGCCAAGUUCUCCAAAUCUGAGGGAGACCCACCCAGUAAGAGGGUGCACUGCAAGGUUCCCCGGACAAGAAUAGUGCAAAGGUACAUUGACCAACCUCUGCUCCUGGAAGGGAAGAAGUUUGACGUCCGGUCCUACCUCCUCAUUGCCUGCACAGAACCCUAUGUGUUAUUUUUUGCCCAGGGCUAUGUCCGGCUGAGCUGUAGCAAUUAUGAUGCCACAUCUGAUGAUAUGACUGUUCAUCUCACCAACCAGUACGUGCAGAGGAAGAACUCCCUCUACAGCCAGCUGAAGGAUGAGACAAUUUGGAGGAUGGAGCACUUCAACAGAUACAUUAAUGAGAAGUUUGGGAAAAGCAAUGGCCUCCCACGGGACUGGGUUUUCACUGUGUUUACUAAAAGGAUGCAGAAGAUCAUGUUGCAGUGCUUCCUGGCAGCCAAGCACAAAUUGGAUCGUAAACUGGGCUACUUUGAUCUCAUUGGCUGUGACUUUUUGAUUGAUGAAAACUUUAAGUUCUUAGGAGCAUGGACCAUGAAAGCAGAGCCUGCAGAGAAACCAGAGUUUUCAGCAGAGCUUUGCGACUUCACAUGCAGGAUGAGAAGGAGAGGAAAGAGAGAAAAAGUCUGGCUUCUGGAGAUGAAUGCAAAUCCUGCAUUGCACACCAACUGCAAAGUCUUGAAAGACAUCAUCCCCAGCAUCAUCUAUGAGAGUCUCGAUCUGGUUCUCGAGAUCUUCACUAAGUGCCUCAAGGGACAGAACGUUCUGCCUUUAAAGACGCUCUGCAAAUUUGUGCUUCUCUACAAUGAGGAAGCUUCAGACCCAAGCCAGAAGAAACGUUGGCAGCUCAACACCAAGUUGUACACAGGAAGGUACCUGAGGCCACAAACAGACAUUACUGCUCCCUACAGGUACAGCCCUACCAAAGCUGCAGGCCUGUCCAGGAGCCCAGCUGCUCCAGAAGAAAAGGUGCCUCCUUACUGCCUUCAAAGGGCUGUCAGCAAGCUGUCCUAACCAUACCACACAUGCAACAGUUUGAUCACCGCAGAUAACCACACUGAGUCACAGAGCAAGAGGGUUUGAACAAUUUCAGAGGGACCAGAAAGAAAAUAAAACUUAGGUUUUAUGUGC